UUAUUUAUAUUUGCAGGCGAGAAGCCGUUCAAGUGCGAGUACGAAGGAUGCGACAGGAGGUUCGCCAACAGUUCCGACAGGAAGAAGCACUCGCACGUGCAUACUUCGGACAAACCUUACAACUGUAGAAUAUCUGGCUGUGAUAAGUCUUACACUCAUCCCAGUUCCCUCAGGAAACACAUGAAGGUACACGGUAAUGGGAAACUCGACAGCGACGGCAACUACGAUUCGGAAGACUCGAACUGUUCGUCCGGCGCUUCCAUCAGAGUGACCGACAGCUGCACCACGACCACGACGCCCAGUAUCGUGUCGCCUGGCGAUCACCACGGCGGCGGCGCCCAGACGCCGUCCAUCCUACACUCGACCGGUACCUCGGCUCUGCCGUUGCCCACACCGCCUACCGCGUCCGACUGGUACAUGAACACGGGUGCGGGCAUACCGUCAUCAAUACAGCCAUCGGCCGUCGACCACGGUCACCAUUACUUGACGGACCUCAACCAUCAUCACCACCAUCAUCCGCACCACCACGCGUCUCUGAUGGCGCAUCACCAUCACGGCACUGCGGCAUAUUGAAACAAAUCCCCCGCUUCAUAUCUGAACAACAACAAUAAUAACAACAGCAUCGGAGGCCUAACGACUUCCGCCGAAUGGAGAUAGCACUACGCUGAUUCCGGUCCGGAUACGUCGACUGCACGACCUUUGAUUAUGUGCCGUACAACUGCUGUUAAUUACGUCGUCCACCGUAGACGUACCGUAACAACAGUUGCAACACAUUCGUGCACUGGACGUAUGCGCGCGUUGUUAUUAAUGUAUCCGUUGUAUUUUAAACGAAGCACAUCAUUAUGGGACGCCAUUUUGCUAUGUAGGCUGUCCUAAAAUUUUAUGGACAAACGUUUAACUACCGUGAAGUGGGGGCAACUUGUGAUUUUAAUAUUAGUUUUUAGUGUGAUAACUGACGGCUUUUUCAUUCACGGGUCGGUGUAUAGUUUUUAUUUGCAUUACGACGACUAGUUUUCAAUCAUCUAGUAUAUUAUAUAAAAUACACAUUUCUUUUUUUUUUUUAUUCAUGUAUAUUAUAAAAAUCAUAAUAUUCUGUGCCUUUCGAGUCAACUGUCUAUUUUACGUGGCGUUAAUUACGUUUAAAUCAAUAUUAAACGCGCAU